AUGCCUCCGACCAUUGCAACCCGAAUAGUGUCCAGCGACCACAUCAAGACGAUCCUGUCUCGGACGGCAUCUUCGACGCUCACCUUCUUAUCCGCGCGAGACUCUUCGUCUUCCUCAUCAUCAUCAUCAACACCCUUGGCCUCUAUCUUUGCCCUCAUCAUCCGCGGGACGAUACACCUAUCCGGUCGCUCCCUGGACUCCCCACGCUCGCAGCUCGUCGAGCCUGUAUUCCUACACCCCCGCGGCGACGGUGCCCUGUCCAAACGACAACAAAAUGUCAUCCUCGCCAUCCCAACCACAUACGCCGGGCUCAACGCCGGCCCCGCACCCGGUGCCCUGGCCGGUAUCGUCCUCGGCAGCAUCGCGGGGUUCAUACUCAUCCUGUACGUUCUGCUGAGUGCGUUCCGGUUUGGGAUCUUCGGCAACAGAGAGAGCAUCGUUGAAGAGGAGAUCGUCCGACACCAUCACGGGAGUCGACGCAGUCGGAGCCGGUCGCGGGCGAUGACGGAAGUCAGUCACCACUCGCCGCGGCGUGAGAGGGUGGUCAGGGAGCGUGAAGAGACGGUCGUGGUCGAGGAGCACGUCGAGCCGAGUGUUAGUGCCGACGACGACAUUGUCGAGGUCAUAGAGGAACAUAGUCCCGAACGACCGCCGAAACGAGGACCCAGUGGACGGAGCGGGUAUAGAACGGUUGAUCCGGCCGAGUUUGGUGGCGGGAGCAGACCGAUCCGAAAGAUCAGUAGGCGGUGA